GGACCUGGACCUGGACCCAGCUGUGUGUCCUUAAAGAGUGACUGGUCAAAGAAUUAUAAUCCUGAUUUUAAAUCAUUCCAGCCUCCAUCAGCAGAGAGAGUGGACCAGCAGAGCUCAGAGGAUCCCAGUGCUCAGUCUGCCCAGCAGCAUCAAACACAGCUGGACUCCAUAUUUAUGCUGCUGGAGGACAACAUAGUCACUUUUGUGAAGAACGAGUUAAAGAAGAUCCAGAAGGUUCUGAGUCCAGAUUACCCAGAAUGCUUAGAGAGUCAGAGGGAAAAUGAGGAGGUGUUGGCGGGUGAAGAUGAAGAGCAGAGGAGGAGCAGAGAGGCAUUGAUGAAGAUCACAGAUUACUUCCUGAGGAGGAUGAAGCAGGAGGAGCUGGCUGACCGUCUGCAGAGCAAACAAGUCACAGUUUGUCAACGUAACCUUAAAAGUUGUGUGAAGAAGAGGUUCCAGUGUGUGUUUGAGGGGAUUGCUAAAGCAGGAAACCCAACCCUUCUGAAUGAGAUCUACACAGAGCUCUACAUCACAGAGGGAGGGACUGGAGAGGUCAAUGAUGAACAUGAGGUCAGACAGAUUGAAACAGCAUCCAGGAAACCACACACACCAGAAACAACCAUCAGACAAGAAGACAUCUUUAAACUCCCACCUGGAAGACAGGAACCAGUCAGAACAGUGAUGACAAAGGGAGUGGCUGGCAUUGGGAAAACAGUCUUAACACAGAAGUUCACUCUGGACUGGGCUGAAGACAAAGCCAACCAGGACAUCCACUUCAUGUUUCCAUUCACUUUCAGAGAGCUGAACGUGCUGAAAGAGAAGAAGUUCAGCUUGGUGGAACUUGUUCAUCACUUCUUUACUGAAACCAAAGAAACGUGCAGCUUUGAAGACUUCCAGCUUGUGUUCAUCUUUGAUGGUCUGGAUGAGUGUCGACUUCCUCUGGACUUCCACAACAAUCAGAUCCUGACUGAUGUUACAGAGUCCACCUCAGUGGAUGUGCUGCUGACAAACCUCAUCAGGGGGAAACUGCUUCCCUCUGCUCGCCUCUGGAUAACCACACGACCUGCAGCAGCCAAUCAGAUCCCUGCUGAGUGUGUUGGCAUGGUGACAGAGGUCAGAGGCUUCACUGACCCACAGAAGGAGGAGUACUUCAGGAAGAGGUUCAGAGAUGAGGAGCAGGCCAGCAGGAUCAUCUCCCACAUCAAGACAUCACGAAGCCUCCACAUCAUGUGCCACAUCCCAGUCUUCUGCUGGAUCACUGCUACAGUUCUGGAGGACGUGUUGAAAAGCAGAGAGGGAGGAGAGCUGCCCAACACCCUGACUGAGAUGUACAUCCACUUCCUGCUGGUUCACACCAAAGUCAAGAAGGUCAAGUAUGAUGGAGGAGCUGAGACAGAUCCACUCUGGAGUCCAGAGAGCAGGAAGAUGAUUGAGUCCCUGGGAAAAGUGGCUUUUGAGCAGCUGCAGAAAGGAAACCUGAUCUUCUAUGAAUCAGACCUGACAGAGUGUGGCAUCGAUAUCAGAGCAGCCUCAGUGUACUCAGGAGUGUUCACACAGAUCUUUAAAGAGGAGAGAGGCCUGUACCAGGACAAGGUGUUCUGCUUCGUCCAUCUGAGUGUUCAGGAGUUUCUGGCUGCUCUUCAUGUCCAUCUGACCUUCAUCAACUCUGGGCUCAAUCUGAUGGGAGAAAAACAACAAACUGUUUCUGUGUGGUCCAAGUUUUUUAAAAAUACAAACCUUAAUGAUGUCCAUCAGAGUGCUGUGAACAAGGCCUUACAGAGUCCAAAUGGACACCUGGACAUGUUCCUCCGGUUCCUCCUGGGUCUUUCACUGCAGACCAAUCAGACUCUCCUACGAGGCCUGCUGACACAGACAGGAAGUAGCUCACAGACCAAUCAGGAAACAGUCCAGUACAUCAAGAAUCGGAUCAGUGAGAAUCUGUCUGCAGAGAAAAGCAUCAAUCUGUUCCACUGUCUGAAUGAACUGAAUGAUGGUUCUCUAGUGGAGGAGAUCCAACAGUCUCUGAGUUCAGGAAGUCUCUCCACAGAUAAACUUUCUCCUGCUCAGUGGUCAGCUCUGGUCUUCAUCUUACUGACGUCAGGAAAAGAUCUGGACGUGUUUGACCUGGAUAAAUAUUCUGCUAAAAAGGAGCAUCUUCUGAGGCUGCUGCCAGUUCUCAAAGCCUCCAACAAAGCUCUACUCCCUGACUGUGGACUCUCAGAGACUCACUGUGAAGUUGUGGGCUCAGCUCUGAAGUCCAACCCCUCCCAUCUGACAGAACUGGACCUGAGCCUCAACAACCUGCAGGAUUCAGGAGUGAAGAUUAUGUCUGCUGGACUGGAGAGUCCAAACUGUAGACUGGAGAAGCUAAGAUUGAUCAGCUGCAGUUUGUCAGAGAUCAGUUGUUCUUCUCUGAGCUCUGCUCUGAAGUCCAACCCCUCCCAUCUGACAGAACUGAACCUGAGUGAGAACAAGCUGCAGGAUUCAGGAGUGAAGCAGCUGUGUGGUUUUCUGGAGAGUCCACAAUGUAGACUGGAGACAAUGAGAUUGAGGAGCUGCAGUUUGUCAGAUAUCAGCUGUUCUUCUCUUAGUUCCGCUCUGAAGUUCAACCCCUCCCAUCUGACAGAACUGGACCUGAGUGAGAACAACCUGCAGGAUUCAGGAGUGAAGCAGCUGUGUGGUUUUCUGGAGAGUCCACGAUGUAGACUGGAGACUCUGAGAUUGAUCUACUGCAGUUUGUCAGAGAUCAGCUGUUCUUCUCUGAGCUCAGUUCUGAAGUCCAACCCCUCCCAUCUGACAGAACUGGAAAUGAGUCAGAACAAGCUGCAGGAUUCAGGAGUGAAGCAGCUGUGUGGUUUUCUGGAGAGUCCACGAUGUAGAUUGAAGACACUGAGAUUGUGGAGCUGCAGUUUGUCAAAGAUCAGCUGCUCUUCUCUGAGCUCUGCUCUGAAGUCCAACCCCUCCCAUCUGACAGAAUUGGACCUGGAUCAGAAUAAACUGCAAGAUUCAGGAGUGAAGCAGCUGUGUGGUUUUCUGGAGAGUCCACGAUGUAGACUGGAGACUCUGAGAUUGUGGAGCUGCAGUUUGUCAGAGAUCAGCUGUUCUUCUCUGAGCUCAGCUCUGAAGUCCAACCCCUCCCAUCUGACAGAACUUGACCUGAGAGAAAACAACCUGCAGGAUCCAGAUGUUCAGCAGCUGUUGGAUCUUGUGGAGAGUCCAGACUACAGACUGCAGACUCUGAGCUGGAUGUGAUUGUUGUGGAGAGCUGAACAUGAUGGUGUGUUUGUGGGAGAAGAUGAGCUGUGUCCUGAUGAUCCACAGAGGUUGAAGCAGCAGCAGCUUGUAUGCAGACACUCUGACUGGACUGUUUGUGGGAGGUGGAGAGGAGAGCUUCA